AGGUUGCCAUUUUGCCUUGCCAGCAAGCAGUAGUACGAUCUCUCUCUCUCUCUCUCUCUCUCUCUUAAUCAACAACAACAUACAUAUUAUUCCGUAUGUAUACACAUACAUGUACAGCUCAGCUCAUCAACAACGCACCACUCUCUCUCACUCUUCCAUAUGAGACUAUCACCAUUUCCAAACACUCAUCAUCACUAUUGCAGCACCAAACUCAUCUCUCUCAACCACCACACCACCGCCGUCAAAUCCUCCUCCUCCGCCCACGCCGCCCUCAAAAUCAAAUGGGCUCAAAUGGACACCACCAACAACAACCACAGCCACCACCGCCGCCACAUCAGCAACGAGAAGGUCGUUGUCAUACUGGGUCCAACUGGGUCCGGCAAAUCACGGCUGUCCAUCGACCUUGCCACCCGAUUCUUCCCCUCCGAGGUCAUCAACUCCGACAAAAUCCAAGUCUACCGUGGACUCGACAUCACCACAAACAAGAUCCCAAUGCGCCAACGACUAGGAGUCCCACACCACCUGCUCGGCGAGAUCGACCCGGAUGAACCCGAGUUGACCCCCUCUGAGUUCCGCUCACUCGCCGCCUCCACCAUCUCCGACAUAGCCUCGCGCCGAAACCUACCCCUCGUCGUAGGUGGGUCCAAUUCCUUCAUCUACGCACUCGUCUCGAACCGAUUCGACCCUGAUUCGGACAUGUUCGACGAUUCACGGACAACAGAUUCAAUCUGUACGGACCUCCGUUACGAUUGUUGUUUUCUAUGGGUGGAUGUCUCUUUGCCGGUGUUGAACCAGUACCUGACCGAGCGAGUCGACGACAUGCUCGUCUCCGGCAUGUUCGACGAAUUAGCUGAGUUCUUUGAAUCGGACGAGUCAGGGAAUGAAACUCGGACCGGGUUGAGGAAAGCGAUAGGAGUGCCCGAGUUUGAGAGGUACUUCAAAAAGUUGCGUCCCGAGGAGGAUGUGAGGGUGAAAAGGGUGGUAUAUGAUGAAGCUGUGAGGGCUAUCAAGGACAACACGUGUCAGCUGGCGAAGAGGCAGGUGGGGAAGAUCCAACGGCUGAGGGACGCCGCCGGAUGGAAGCUGCGGAGGUUGGACGCCACGGAGGCGUUCAGGACCGCAAUGGGGGUGGGUGGGUCAGAUUCCGGCAGGUGGUCAGAUAUUUGGGAGAGGCAGGUGGUGGAACCAAGCGUGAAGAUUGUGAGGCGGUUCUUGGAGGGGUAGGUUUUCCAGCUAUUUGCAAUCCCCCACUCUCUCUCUAUUUUUCAUUACGAGUCUCUCUCUCUUACUUUUUUAUUUUUUUUUAUUUUGAAAAACAAAAAAAAAAAAACAAAUUCAAAUUAUACAAUUAGCGCUUGGACCGUGGCUUUGGGCGGUGCAAUGCCUCGGCAAAAUGGUGACCAGUUUUGGAAUAGUGAUGCGGCUCCGACAAUUAACACAUUGUUGUGGUUCUGAUUGUAAUUUUGGUUUCUCUUGCAACUUUUAACUUAUAACUAUAUACGGAAACCCUUUUUUUUUUUCUUUUUUUCUUUUUUUGUUGUCUCUCUCACUCUCUCUCUCUCUUUAUAUUCUAUACAUUGGACAUUUAUUGUUGAGAUGGGAGGGACUUAAACUUAUGUUGUUAAUGCUUUUAAGUUUCUAGUAAGAUGAUUUUUCUGAUAAUUAUGUAAAGAAUAAUGAGACUACUAAUCUAUUUAAA